AGUGAGGUUUCCGUGGAGACAGCCGAACCUGCGGAAGGCGGCGGCGGCGGCACCUGUGAGCAGCUGCUGGGGUAGGGUAUGGUGGCGCCGACUGCGCUGUAAGCAGAGCGGCCGCGGGGCCAGCCAUGCGCCGGCGGCCCUGACAUGGGCGCCAGCGGCUCCAAAGCUCGGGGCCUGUGGCCCUUCACCUCGGCGGCCGGGGGCGGCGGCUCAGAGGCAGCAGGCGCCGAGCAAGCUUUGGUGCGGCCUCGGGGCCGAGCUGUGCCCCCCUUCGUAUUCACGCGCCGCGGCUCCAUGUUCUAUGAUGAGGAUGGGGAUCUGGCUCACGAGUUCUAUGAGGAGACAAUCGUCACUAAGAACGGGCAGAAGCGGGCCAAGCUGAGGCGAGUGCAUAAGAAUCUGAUUCCUCAGGGCAUCGUGAAGCUGGAUCCCCCCCGCAUCCACGUGGAUUUUCCUGUGAUCCUCUAUGAGGUGUGAGCCUGGGAGGUGGCAGACAGAAGCACCCCCUGCCCCAGCAAGAAACUCCCAGGCUCGAGGUGUGGCUUCCAUUGAGGAGCCCCAGGCUGGGACCACAACCCUGAAUAAACUCCGUUGGCCCAUAACCUUCAGCUGUGAGCGGGUCAGUCCCACAGUAUUGGUUGGGUGUUGGUUUGUUGACAAGAGGUGGUUGGUGGCUGGUGAAGGCUAAUGGCAGAGUUAGUACCCCACUCUCCCCAGCCACCCCUGCAAGAAGCAUGGCAGGGCAUAUACCAGUCAGGAAUGCCCAGUACCUGAUUCCUUGCCUGGUCUGCUUUCCAAGUUUGCCUGGGGCCUAGCCCUGCUAGAGGCUACAGCACUUUACAAGCAAGGUCUGCCUUCUUCCAGCCCCUAGGCUGUGGGCACUGUCCUUUCCUUCACUUCCCUUUUGACCCCCUAGUCAGAGCAUUUCAGCCAUUUGCUACCUCGAUUCCUCCUGUGUUGGACAGAGGCUGGGGGCAGUGCCAGCCUGAUUCUUCCCACCUACCUGCCAUUUGUUCCCGCCUUCAGAUGGAUGGACAGUUUGCUGGCUAUUGAUAGGAGCGGGGACCAGAUGGGGGCUUCUCCCUCUACCCAGGGCUGGGCUGAUCCCCCCACUGCAACUAGUUGCCCCCCACACACACCCCCACUUGAGGAGUUGAGAGAGUGCAGGCCGGGGUCAGGACAGGCUGCGGAUGCUUGUGCCUAUGGGGAGUUACUCCAGCCCACCUAUUCUGUCUAAUCCCCCAUGCCUUUGCAUCAAGUCCUCCACACCCCCCCAAUUGGAGGGGACUGUUCACCACCUUGUGGUAAGGGACAACACCCUAAGGCUGGUGCCAGUAGUUAUGAGUAGCCUACCACCCCUUCCCUUAUAGUAACCAUCCCCGCCCCCUUCAGGAUGAGUCAGGGGAAAGUACUGGAGCCCCUGAGUAGGGAAAGAAAGGAGGGAAAACCAUAAAAGGAAUGCUUAUAAUGUGAAGGUUUGUAAAUAGUCCAUGAUGAUGUCGUGGAAAAGUCUGAUUUCUAUAUAGAGGUGACUUUUUUUUUUAAAUACUGUGCAAGCACUGUGCUUCUAGAGUGUGGGAAAUGGCUUGGGGAGGGUGGCCCCCAGCCUAGGAAGACUGUUGUGUUCUUUGUUCAAUUUCAAUAAAAUGAUUUGUAGAUCCUGCA